ACUAAAAGUUUAUCCUACCACUUUGAAUUCAAACAAUGCAAUCUGCCCAACGUCUAGCUAAACGAGGUCCUGGAUAAUGGUCUUCUUUCAGCCCGGCCCACUUCUGUUUGUUAGCAGGAUUAGCGACCAUGAAACACAAAUAUGUUGUUAUUGUAUCUAUCUAGGUAGCAACUGCGUUGCGUAGAAAUAUUAAACGCACAGGAAGUUCCAGCACCAUGGCUAGCUCGUCUAUGAAAGAGAUAUUUUCAGAUGUCACGCUCACCGUUGAUUUAACCACUUUCAAAGAUCCAGACAUGGUUAAGGAGAUUUUUAAAGAAUCUAAACACAAAAUAAAACAAAUUACAAAAACGUCACAAUAUCAAGCUGAGGGAUCCUUUGAGGACAUUGAAGAUGUGUUUGUGAAGUUGUCAAGCUUGGAAAGACACACCACUUCUGGGAGCAAACACCAACAACAAGCUCAGAUGUCCCCAGAUCAGGUGAAACCAGUUGACAUACAGGGAACUGUCAUGGAGUACAUGCAACACAAAUGUUCAAAGGAAUUACGCAGAAUCGAGGCUAAUGAUGUAACAAUAUCAACAUCCUUAGGAAAAACAGACAAAACGGUUUUGGUGUCAUUCAAACCUCUCGGUCGAAGCGGUAGCAGCCAGGCCUGUGCUCACUUCGCCCGAGAGAGAUUCAUCACACUCUAUCAGCGCACAGCAACAGACCUGAGAGUCGUGUCUCACAGCGUGGCAGACCAAAACCUGAGCUACUUGCAAAAUAACUUUCCUGAGCUGUGGAUUGUAAGCAGGUCUGGGAACAUGACUGUGACGGGGCCGUACGCACACAUCAGGAGAUUGGAAAAUUUCUUAAGCAACAGAAAGUCUUCCACUCCGGGGAGAAACACUACGACACAGAGACAAAGAGCAGGAGCCUCAGGUGCCUCACCUGUCAGCCACGCCCAGCAGCAGGACGACUCGGAGGACACCUGCGCCAUCUGCAUGGACAGUAUCCGCGAGAGACACAGGGAGACACUCAAGUGCAAGCAUUCAUUUUGCACAAGCUGUCUGAAGAGGGCAUUUGAGUUCAAGCCUGUUUGCCCAACUUGCGGGGCGCUGUACGGGGAACUGAAGGGGACCCAGCCUGAGGGGGGUUCGAUGUCCACCAGCAUAAGGUCUUCCUCUUUGCCGGGAUAUGAGAAGUGUGGGACUAUCGUUAUUUGUUACGAAAUCCCAAGUGGCACUCAAAAGGAGGAGCACCCGAGUCCAGGAGAGCGGUACGAGGGAGCCGCCCGUACGGCCUUCCUCCCCGACAACCCAGAGGGACGGAAGGUUCUGCACCUCCUGAAGAGAGCCUUCGACCAGCGGCUCGUCUUCACCGUGGGCCACUCCUCCACCAGCGGAAGGGACAACGUGGUUACGUGGAACGACAUCCACCACAAAACUGCUACACAUGGAGGGCCAACAUGCUACGGUUACCCUGAUUCUUAUUACCUGAAGCGUGUUCAAGACGAGUUGAAAGUGAAGGGAAUUCAGUGACCAUCUCUGAGAGUACACACACUGGACAUAAGUAUGGAGUAUAAGUUGUGAUUUUGUAAACUCUCAAAACUAAUUGAUUUACAUGGCAAACCAAGUAUAAUAUGUUAACUGUCGUUGAUUGAUUGUUUGGAAUUCACAAACAGUAUGUCUCUGAAGAUGUAGAUUUAAUGAUUUACCCUAAAGCUGGCUGGCAUGGGUAACACAAUAUGUUGGGUGUCGAGAGGUAAUACAUUGUCGUAUUCAUAGAGAUAAGCUGAUUUAUGAGCACAUUUUUUGUUUAAUGAACAUAAACAAGUACAUAAGCUACUAUGUUUGUAACUUAUAAAAAGCCAAAAAAGCCAUAAUAAUAUGCAAAAAAAUGAAAACGCAGUAAAAACUGAAUACAGAAAAUAUUUGGCCUCCUUAUUGUUGUGGCAAUAUUUACAAUAUAUACAAUUUGUAUUGUCAUAUUUGCCAUUACUCCAUUUCUAUAAGGCACCA